AUGGAGGUUCUGAUUAUUGAACAUGGUGCUGCCACUGUCAAAGGUCCAGUUAUGUUCUCCAAUUGUUCCGAUAGUCAAUCCGGUCUACCUGUGAACUUGACAGGAAGUCCUUUCUUUUUCUCCUUCGGUAAUCUGUUCACCGCAGUCGGCUGCAACAUCCGUGCUCUGUUGACAGAGAUUGGGCCUCAAGUCAUUGGAUGCGACUCAACAUGCGGUCCUUACUAUAAUCAAACAAGCAUUAUUUAUGGGCAACAAAUUAAUCGGCUCUGUUCUGGUAAGAACUGCUGCGUAGCCAGAACGCCUUAUCGGACGCAGGUUUUUUAUCCAAGUUUAGAAACUAAAAAUGAGAGUCAAGACAGCAGUGGAUGCAAGCUUACUUUCCUCGCAGACCAAAACUGGGUUGCAGUCACAAAUAUAAACAAUCCGCAAGUGUUUCAGGGUCGGGAAUAUGUUCCGCUGGUGCUGGCUUGGGUGAUGGAUUACAAGAUUUGGAAAUAUGAUCCGAAGACCAUGAAUUGCAAAUAUUUCCUGCUUGAGAACUCUCUGACUUUGGCAUAUGAAUGUUCUUGCCGUAUGGGCUAUGAGGGCAACCCUUACCUGGGAUGUCAAGUUAACAGCGCUUAA